AUGAGGAAGCAACUUUCCUGCAGCUUUAAUCCCCUCAUCAGGUAUAAGAGUUCAUUGUCUGAUGUUUUGGGGAAAUAUCCACCAGUGGGACACGGAUACGACACUCUCCUAGUAUCCAGAAGCCAAGUACGGAGUCAAUCUACAUGGAUCCUUCUGACAAGGCUACUGCCGCAGACUCCUACCUCAACUUCCCGUCCUGACCCACUUGGUGGGUAUCCAAUGCCGAUUCCCGACACAUUUCAGAGAAAGCUCUCAAGGUCAGUUACACCUAGCAAACAGUCCUAG